CAGAGUACGACAGAAGCUCGAGAAGAGAAUGGAAACGCUGUCGCAGAGUGCUGUACCUGGGCACCGAAAGGAAAUGUGGCCAAGGUUGGUCUUGGAUGUCUGUUGGUGUCGACGUUGCCGUUCCUUGCCUACUCCAUCGUUUGUUUGAAUCCAAUGAAGUCCGACUUCAACAACGUCUCCUACAUCGUGGUUCCAGUGAUAAUCAGUCGAUUGUGUCCCCUACUCAAUCCGCUUCUGUACAUAUGGUAUGCCAUACUGUUUUUAACUAUUUGUUUCUUACAAACUCGCCUUGCUUCUGGCAUAGCACUGCUUUCGGUGGGCCAAGUUCAUGGCUGCCAAUCGCAGACAUUGCCCGAGCAACACAUCUUCAUCGCAAAACGUAUGCGCGAAAACGUCGGCCCACCGCCGAAGACAUACCACACUAUCAACCUCAUUGCCGAAGUACCCGGCAUGUCAUUCCCUAUCCUCACACCCACUGAGAAGUUUGCAAGAAACGAUUAUCGCGAGAAUCUGAACAGAUAUUUAAGGGCUGGCAUUGUAUUCGACUGA